CAGAGCAGCGCGCAGUAUUCCAAUCCAGCACCCCAGCCCACCGCACUUGAGUAGUUUCCCGUUCGCCGGAGAAGCAGCAAGAAGAUGGCCGGAAGGAAGGGCGGCGAGAGGAAGAAGGCGGUGACCCGCUCCGUGAAGGCCGGGCUCCAGUUCCCCGUCGGCCGCAUCGGGCGCUACCUCAAGAAGGGCCGCUACGCGCAGCGCGUCGGCUCCGGCGCCCCCGUCUACCUCGCCGCCGUCCUCGAGUACCUCGCCGCCGAGGUCCUGGAGCUGGCCGGCAACGCGGCCAAGGACAACAAGAAGACGCGCAUCAUCCCGCGCCACCUGCUGCUGGCCGUCCGCAACGAUCAGGAGCUCGGCAGGCUGCUCGCCGGCGUCACCAUCGCCCACGGCGGCGUCAUCCCCAACAUCAACUCCGUGCUGCUCCCCAAGAAGUCCCCCGCCGCCGCCGAGAAGGAGGCCAAGUCGCCCAAGAAGAAGGCCGCCACCAAGUCCCCCAAGAAGAAGGCCGCCACCAAGGAGUAGCCGUCGCCAUAGCCUAGCCAGUGUGUACUCUGUUCCAUUUCUCAUAAAUACCCAAUGGUUCACGGGGACAUCUGUCCCCGGAAUCUCACCAUUCACUCAGCCCUGAUCUCUGACCUACCUAUUAGUAUUUUUUCUUUCUCUGGACCAUUUCUCUUCGUAUUACUCCCUCCUUACCAGUUUAUAAGGCUCAUUUCAAAAUC